AUGACCGCCAUCAACUCAGCAGCCUGGCUCCCCAGUCCCAAAACCAAACCCCUCUCCAUCCAAACCGCACCCUACACCCCUCCAGGCCCCAACGAACUCCUCAUCCGCAAUGCCGCAGUCGCCAUAAACCCCAUCGACUGGCACCUCCAAACGAAAGCAACAUUCCCCCUAACCUACCCCGCAAUCCUCGGCCACGAUGUCGCCGGCACAGUCGCCGAAGUCGGCUCCUCCGUCACGAACUUCAAGCCCGGUGAUCGCGUCCUCGCGCACGCAAUGAGCAUGGCGACGCAAAGACCGCAGGAUGGUGCAUUUCAAUUGUAUACGACUGUGUUGGAGAAUGUGGCGGCGCGGAUUCCUGGGAGUCUGGGGUUUGAACAGGCGGUUGUGUUACCGUUGGGGGUAUCGACUGCUGCAGCGGGGUUGUUUCAGAGAGAUUUUUUGGGGCUGGGGUUGCCGAGUGUUGAGCCGGUGAAGACGGGGAAGACGGUGUUGGUUUGGGGUGGUGCGUCGAGUGUUGGGGUGAAUGCGAUUCAGUUGGCCGUUGCGGCUGGGUAUGAAGUUGUUACGACGGCGUCGCCGAGGAAUUUUGAUCUUGUGAGGUCGCUAGGUGCGAGUGUGGUGUUUGAUUAUCGCAUUGGGACGGUUGUCGGGGAUCUCGUUACCGCAUUGAAGGGAAAGGAACUUGCGGGUGUGUACGAUACCAUUCACACGGGAGGUGCGUUGCAGAAUUGUCUGGCUGUCUUGGAUAAACUGCAAACGCGCGUGAUUGUUGUGACCGUGUGGCCUGUAUCUGAGGACUUGAAGACGGAAGUGGAGGUCAAGUUUGUUUAUGCAGUCAGUAUCAAGGAUAAUGAGGUUGGUGGUGCAGUUUACAACGAUUACUUGCCGCAGGCGCUGGAGAAGGGCAAGUUUGUUGCUGCUCCAGCGCCGCGGAUGGUUGGAAAGGGACUCGAGGCCAUUCAGAUGGGGAUUGACGAAUGGGGGAAGGGUGUCUCCGCGGAGAAGAUAGUUGUUAGUUUGUAG